UUAAUUUAUGACGUCAUGGCCGCACCAAAAAACAUCUUUGAUAAAAAUGAUGGCAUUGGCUUCAGUAUGGCUACUUAGUUAAUAUUGUUAAACUGAUGUUCUCUGUGCCGAUGAGUACACAACUAAAUCGUUAACGCUAUGUGCAUCAAAUUCCGAGUUGGUCAGAGAGGACGAGCUCGUCUUGGCAUCGCUCUAGGAGUGGUCAAUGGAGGGUUGGCAGUAUUUGGAAUCAUCGUCAUAUUGGUGGCAGUGUACAUUAAAGUGGAAAUUGAGAAAAAGAUGAUUCUUCUUGGCAACUACAAUAAAGACCCCAUACCUUAUUUCCUCAUCUCUCUUGGCUGCUUACACUUCUUUUUCCACGGCUUUGCUGCUAAGGUUGGCGUCGACAGUGGAGAUCCUGAAACCAGCUCUCGUUUUAAAAGUAUUCUGCUCGUGUUCAUUUGGACACUGUGUGCAUUGAGCAUAGUGACAAUGUCACUCGGGAUUCUCUGCUUUGCGCAUCGGUCAAAGAUUCGUCAUGCCUUGGAUUUGCAGCUUCCGAACGUGAUGAAACUCUAUAAAAGCGACGCAUUUGCCAAAACGAGCAUUGACCGAAUGCAGUCCAGGUACAAAUGCUGUGGUACCCACAAUUUCAAGGAGUGGUUUAAAGUUAGCUGGAUCAAUGACGACUUCUUAGACGUCGACAGUGCAGAAACAAUGAGAUAUUUACGCCACGGUAACUUCUAUAAAGAUGACGUUCCCUGGAGCUGUUGCGACCCUGCGUCUCCGCGUCCAUGCGUCCAUCACUCGGUGGACGACAAGACGGCACAUCGACACUACAGCGAGGUGACGCUCUACAGACAGGGAUGUGCCCAGGCGAUGGGGAUCUACAUGACCGACGCGAUCCUCAUUCCCAUCUCAAUCGCCGUCUUUACAGCUUAUGGAUUCGAGCUGAUUGUGCUCAUGUUGUUCCGCCACCUCCAGACAUCCAUGCAGAGUGCAUUUGAUGAAGACGACCCUGAAGGAAUCGGAGAUUCUUUUCUCAUAGGUUCAUGCCCAUGCGCUGUGGAAGGAGCCAAGAAUCCGACACGAAUAAUCCACAAGAAAGAACAAAGAGACAUUGAAGACUACAAACGGGAGAAGAAAGAAGAAAAGAAAGAGAAGAAAAGAGAGAAAGAGGAAGAAAAGAAGAGAAAGAAGAAAGGAAAGUCUUCAGAUUCAGAUUCGGAAUCGGGAUCAGAUUCCGAUUAAUAUGACAUUAAUAUGAAACUUCAAUACUGAGUAAAACCUAAUGUAGUUUCUUUCAAACUUUAAAAUCCCAUUUUAACAGGAUCUUGCUGUCACUCAUCCUUGGUCUACAAUUAUAUCAAAGAAAAAUAACAACAACAAAAAAACCCCACAAAACAACGACAACAAAGAAGACCAAUGCCAUUUCAUCUCUUUUCCUUAUGGUGAAUGUGUUACUGCUUGUUUAGCUUUGUCAAAAUAAUGUUUUCCGAAUUUUCGAUUGAUCGAUUACCUCAGACACAAUUAUAAUAUGUGAAACCUAGAAUAGGGAGAAAAAGAGAAUAAAGGAAGUGAUACCCUC